AUGGCCCCCACACCACCCGCCACCAUGACCACCGGUGGCCCCCACGAGGACGACACGGCGCGCAAGCCCAAGCUCGAGGCCACGAUGCCCAAGGAACCAGUCGACGAAGACACGUCCGACGCCACUCCCGCCACAUCCACCCUGGCCACCCUCCGCCCGCUGCACAAGUCGUUCCUCCUCUUCUGCUUCUGCCUCUCAAUGUUCAUCGACGGGGCGGGCGUCGGCGCGGCCUUUUUGAUGACCGCGCCGAUCGCGCACGAGCUCAACAUUGGCCUGUCGAACCAGGCGUGGAUUCUCGCCUCGUACUCGCUCAGCUUUGCCUGUGCACUCCUUUUUGCCGGGCGGCUGGCCGACCUGUACUCUCCCAAUGUGGUGUACACUGUCGGCCUGUUCGGGCUCGGCGUGCUGUCCCUCGUCAUCUCGUUCAUGCGCGACCAGUACUCGUUCUUCAUCCUGCGAGCGGUCUCGGGGCUGCUCGCGGUGCUUACUAUCCCGUCAAGCAUCAACAUGAUCGUCCAGAUGUACCCCGACCCGCUUGAACAGGCCAAGAAGCUCGCCCUGUUCGGCCUCGCGGCAGCCCUCGCCAACGUGUUCGCCUUCAUCCUCGCCGGCGUGUUCAUGCUCGCCUCGUGGCGGUGGUACUUCCGCUUCGUGGCCAUUGUCGUUGUGCCAUUCUCCAUCGCGACGUGGUUCAUGAUCCCGCGCACCGAGGCCGUCGCGGGCGGCCUGCGCGGCGGCGAGAAGUGGAAACGCAUGGACCUCGGCGGCGUGUUCAUGAUGUUCGCCAUGGUCAUCCUCUUCAUCCUUGCGUUUACCCAGGGCCCAGUCGACGGCUGGGACAAGCCCAUCUUCAUCGCACCGCUCGUCGUGUCCAUUGUCCUGCUCCCCGUGUUCUUGUGGUGGGAGCAGCGCCUCCCCGUCGGCUACGCCCUCCUCCCGCACGGUAUCUGGAAAUUCCCCAACAUCUUCCCCCUCAUGCUCAUGGCCUCGGCGCCAUUUUUGUGGUUCGCAACGUACCAGCUCCGCCUGGCCACGUGGCUCCAAGAGUCGUUGCACAACUCGCCCAUCCUCACCGCCGCCAAGAUCCUUCCCAUGGGCGCCGCGAGCGUCGUCGUCGGCCUCUUCACUCAGCCAUUCCCGUGGCUCAUUACGCGGCCAAAGUACGUUCAGCCCGCCGCUGCGUCACUCGUGUUCGCCGGCACGAUGCUCAUCGCCUUCUCCAACGGCGGCGCCGGACGUGACUUCUGGCGCUGGAUCCUACCGUCUGAGAUCAUCGGUGUCGUUGGAGGCAUGGUCAUCUUCGUCGGCAUGACCACCAACAUCACCCAGGCAUUCCCACUCGAGUUUGCCGGCGUCGGCGGCAGCUUUGCCCAGGUUAUCCUGCAGAUCUCGGGCGUGGUCGGUAUCGCUGUCCAGACGGCCCUGCUCACCACCGGCACCGACCCUCUCACGGACUGGACUGGGAGCAGGAACGGCUACUUCUUCAGCGGCGGAUACGUCAUGCUCUGUGGCCUUGUCUUUUUGCUUUGGUACAAGGAGGACAAGGUCAAGGUCGAGGUCAAGGACGUUCCGCCGGUGUAA